AUGAAUGAUAAUUUGGAUGAUAACAAGGAAAGCGUUGAUAACGUUGUUGUUGAUGUUGUUGUUGUUGGUGCUGGUGUUGUUGUUGUUGAUGUUGUUGUUGUUGUUGGUGCUGUUGAUGAUGAUGUUGGUGUUGGUGAUGAUAUUGCUGCUGUUGAGUUAAUGCAAAUUUUAAAAUUAGUCGCUAUUAAAUAUAAGGAAAAAGUGCAAAAAAGGAUGCGAGGAGGAGAAUAA